AGGCGUACACGAAGAGUGUGGCAUUUAUUUGGUAUGUUGUUUAGGUUUGAGCUGCUAUUUCUAUAUCUUAGAUAACACGAAUGUCCUAGGCUCGUCUACACUCCUAUCAUGAGUGUUACCUUUGUUUCUGGUGUGUGCUCCUCGAAACUGACUAGUACGCAGCUUAUAAGCCGACUACUUCCAGUCCUGUUCGUUCGAGAAUAUUCGUUAAGCCGGAACAUCGUUCGAACUUGGAGAGAAGCGAAUCAGGCCGGUGAAACUACGCGUCCUGUAUUAGAAAUUACUGAGUCGCCAGCACCACAAAAUGGUGCUUCAUCUGCAGUUCAUGCCUCUGAAGAUGUCGAACACUGUUAAAAGCUUGGAAGAGCUAAAUUAGUUUCUGUUAUACUGAUUUGUGCUGGGAAAUUGAUGAUUGUCGUCAUAACUGGUGGUGCGCUG